AUGGAGUCAUGUAGUGUUGCCAGGAUAAUGAGCUUAGGGAAGCUUGCUAUACACAGGACGUAUUUGUGCACCCUAAUCUUCAGAAAUUUGCCAAAGCUGCUAGGCUUCACUCCCAGGUUACUGAAGAAAUUCUGCAAAGCUGAACAUGUUGAGCUACAACUGACCAAGAAGACUACACUAGGCACACUGCCGGAGCUGCCUCCGGACAUCUUGAUGGGUAUCUUUGCCACCCUUGAGAUCCCUGACCUUGUGCGUGCCGGCUCUGUCUGCUCCUCCUGGCGCUCCGCAUACACAAGCCUACGGAGCCUUGGGCAGUACAAACUCCAGCAGACGCCAUGCCUCCUCUACACUUCCGAAUCCGCUGGUGAGAGUGUUGCAUGCCUCUACAGCCUCGCGGAGAAGAGGUCGUACAAGUUAACUCUCCCGGAGCCGCCUAUACGCACUAGGUGUUUAAUCGGGUCCUCACAUGGCUGGCUGGUAACUGUUGACGACAGAUCUGAGAUGCACCUUGUCAAUCCCAUCACAUGUGAACAGAUUGCUCUCCCAUCAGUGAUCACCAUCGAGCAGGUGAACCCCAUAGUUGAUGAGUAUGGUGCUCUCCACAAGUAUGAGUUCUCAAGGCACACUGGAACCCGUGGUGCUUAUAGGUCGCCAUCAAUCUUUGCUCUUGACAAGCUGCGGCACGAGCUCCACUAUAAAGCGUUUGUUUUCCCUGAUACAUCCACUGGAAGCUACAUUGUCGUGCUCAUCCAUAAUCCAGUGCGUCAGCUCUCUUUUGCAAGGGUUGGGGAUGAUAAGUGGACCUGGCUGCCACCUCAUGAAGACUAUAGUGACUGCACUUACAAAGAUGGCCUGUUGUAUGCAGUGACUGGAACCGGAGAACUCCAUGCUUUUGAUUUCAGUGGGCCUGUUAUCACAAUGGAGAUGAUUAUAAGUAUGCGCGAAAUGCAUCACUGUGGGUACAUGUACAUUGCUCAAGCUCCAUUGGGCGAUCUGCUGCUUGUUUGGAGAAUCUUUCAGGAUUAUGAUUUAGAACCUGAACCAGGGUCAUCUGUGUUUUGGAACAGUACGGAAUAUAAAAUAUAUGAAUUUGACCCUUUGGGAAGUAAACUGAAGGAAAUAAAUCGCUUGAGUGACCAUGUGUUGUUUCUUGGGCAUAAUCAAUCUCUUUGUCUCAGUGCUGAAGAAUAUCCAUCUCUCUCGGCAAAUCAUGCCUACUUCACUGAUGAUAAUUAUUUAUGGACAUUGGGAUUUAAGAAUAAUCACCGUGAUAUGGGAAUUCUAAACUUGGAUGAUAAUAGCAGGGAGGACCUUGAGUCUCCGCAGCUUUGGUCAAAUUUUCCUGCUCCAAUGUGGAUUACACCUGAUCUUAGGAAGAUGAACUUGGCUUCAGGAUGGAUUGAAGAAAACUGA